AGUGAGCCAUUGACCUUGCCUCCCCAGCCCACCGUUUCCUCUUUUGGUUCCAAAUCCCACGACGCCUGUGGUAGGCACAGGACUAUUUGAGCUUGGAUUCAACCCUGCUCUUUUCUCAAAGAAGCAAAACAUGGGUGGUGGAAAGGUCUAUACUUUAGCUGAGGUCUCCGAGCACAACACCCCCAAAGACUGCUGGCUUGUAAUUGACGGCAAGGUAUACAAUGUAACAAAAUUCUUGGAAGACCAUCCUGGUGGUGAUGAGGUCUUGUUGUCUUCCACAGGGAAGGACGCAACUGAUGAUUUCGAGGAUGUUGGUCACAGCAGCACUGCCAAAGCCAUGAUGGAUGAGUAUUAUGUAGGUGACAUCAAUACAUCAACCGUUCCUGCCAAGACCAAGUAUACCCCUCCUAAGCAGCCUCACUAUGAGCAAGACAAGACAUCAGAGUUUGUUAUCAAGCUCCUUCAAUUCCUAGUUCCCUUGCUAAUCUUGGGAUUGGCUCUUGGCAUCCGCUUCUACACAAAAUCAGCUUGAGUAUCAAUACCAUGGUAAAAUCUGAAAGGAAUUCACAAUAAGAUUAUACUAGUUCCCUGUUUACUUAAGUUUGUUUAUAUCUGUUCAGACUGGGGAGUGGUGGAACCGUUUAAUAUUUUAUUUAUGAGAGACAUAUUAUUGUUUUAAUGUCAUUGUUUUUCUUUCUCCUUGAUAUGCAAUUUGAUAAAGAAACUGCCUUCCUUUGA